AUGGCGGGCUGGCUUUAUAAACCUCUGCCGCCUUCUCACAUGAGCUGGAAGGCCACUUGUCUCGGCGGUCGGAUGCACACGCAGCAAAGUGCGACUUCUUCAGCAUCCUCACUCUUCUUCCCGGAGGGCAGCCAGAGACAGCUCGUCGCCAUGAGGACCUUCGUCCUACUCUUCUUCACCCUGCUGUUGGUGUCCCGCGGAUCUUCGGCCGUCAUCACAGGGGCCUGUGAGAAGGACCAUCAAUGUGGGGGAGGGAUGUGUUGUGCGGUCAGUUUGUGGAUGCGCAGCCUGCGUAUGUGCACGCCUGCAGGACAGGAAGGAGACGAGUGUCACCCCCUGAGCUACAAGAUUCCUUUCAAUGGGAAGAGACUCCACCAUACUUGUCCCUGCUCGCCCCAGCUGCUGUGCAUCACCAUAGAGGAGGGGAGGAACAAAUGUCUCUCUCCUUACAAGUAUCCAGACUACUACCUCUGAGCACCAACACUCAACUACCUGCCUUCUCUGUUUGUCGAUU